UGAUCUUGUGUAAAACUGUCAUUUUCAUUAUUCUUAAGGCUUUGUACAAGGUGGACAUUACCGCAAACAAUUUUGAGAAAAUCGUGGAAACGGAACUUAAUGAAAACGAAGAUACACCAACAUGCCUGACCUUCCAUCACGAGGACAAUAUUUUUGCCUGCAGUAUUAAUAGUUCAGUUGAAGGUAUAGAGGCCGGUGAAAACCAGAAUUGCCGGAUAUUUAGAUAUUCAAAUAAUGGAAUCGAAUUGAUAAAAGCGGUUCAGACCAUGACCAGUACAAACGCUGAUGAUUAUCAAAAAACUAUUGCUUUUAGUAAUGAUAAUAAACUUCUGGCAACUGGAGGAACUGACAGCAAGGCAAAUAAUUUUCAAUAA